GCAACUCCUCCUUUCACAAUCCGAAGUCUCCUGGGUGUAGUCUUGAUCGCAACGAAAAAUCAAGGAGACAAAACAAAAAGUGGCUAUUUGUCAAUAUGCUUGAAACAAGUGCUACAGCAGUGUUGGCUUCGUACGAAGAGCGAGACCUAAAGUUCAACAUUGAUGACUCCAACAAGGAAUUGGGUCAACGCAACACAGAUGACAGUGACUACAAUCGGGUUAAGAUAACGCAACGCGAUCUGGGUGACUUAAGUGUUAUCUCAAGCCUCCAGCGUGUGCAGUAUGGGCUCUGGAAAGAGGAGCCCGCCUGCCUCAUCAACUUCAGAUUUCAGUUUCAAAAGGGAAAUUCUCAUCUGUUCCGUUUUGAGAACGUUCGAAUUCUUGUUGAGUUCACCGCUCGUCCACCUGGAACCGCCGACCAAGAUCCGGAGGUUUUCGAGUACGGGCCGAAGUACCUCACGGCCGCUGAAACGUCGGAGGAGCGUUCGUGGCAUCUGAAUGCAAGUUUCUCUUCAAAAGCAAAAGUUGGCGCCUUCGAGUCGGGUCCCGAAGUGGAAUCUGGUAAAGCGGGUACCUACACACGCAACUAUGCUGCCAAGAUCGAAAGUGAUGAUUACGGCAAUCGCAAGCAUAAAAAGCCGAACUGCGUCAAGACUUGGCUUGCCGAGAACGAAAAGCAAAAGGGGGGAGUGCCGACAGAACUAUACACAGCAAUAGUUGUUGGACAUAGAGGCCGGCCUGCUCAAGUUACGAUAAGCAUCAGAGCUGACUAUGUCUUCAACAUGCUAGCUAUGCCAUGGACGAAGGAUGAUCCAUUGCUCUUAGAACAUGGUGUUGCAUUCGGGAAUACUAUUGGAGACGGAUCCCCUUUGGACUUUGCGACCUUGAGUGUGGAACAAUGGCAAGAACUGGUUACGCCAGACCUACAACCACGGUAUGCAUACCGUUUCGGACCGCAGAUGCUAUGCUAAUCAUUUAUAAUUGUAGUCAACUUCGUCACAAGUCUGGA